UUGUGAUUUGUGCCUCGAUUCGACGAUUGAAUAUUACAUCUCUUUCCCACACACGUGAACAAUAUUAAAGGGCAACCUUUAAUACGCGACAGCAAGUCUCACGUUUUUUAAUUGAGUCGGUUUUUCGUGCCGAAUAGACGGAAUCGGAGUGUAUAGUGUGAAUUUGUGAAGUUUUAAGUUAAAAUGGCACCAAUUGAUGGGGCAUACGACUAUGACUUGGCGGUUAUCGGUGGUGGGUCGGGAGGCCUGGCCUGCGCCAAGGAGGCGAUCAACCUGGGUGCUAAGGUUGCCGUACUAGAUUACGUGACCCCGUCUCCACAAGGAACAAAAUGGGGGCUCGGUGGAACGUGUGUGAACGUUGGAUGCAUUCCCAAGAAGUUGAUGCACCAGGCGGCGUUGCUGGGAGAGGCUAUUCAUGAAGCGGUGGCGUACGGUUGGCAAGUACCCUCUGUCGAACAAGUCAGGAUAGACUGGUCGGCUUUGACAGAAGCUGUGCAGAACCAUAUUAAAUCAGUCAACUGGGUCACCAGAGUGGACCUUAGAGAGAAGAAAAUUGAAUACAUCAAUGGUUUAGGAGAAUUUAAGGAUCCCCAUACAAUAAUUGCUACGAUGAAAAAUGGAAGCAAGAAGGAGCUGACGGCUAAAAAUGUGGUGAUUGCGGUCGGGGGCAGGCCCCACUACCCGGAUAUCCCGGGGGCUAAGGAGUACUGCAUCAGCAGUGACGACAUCUUCAGCUUGAGCAAUCCACCGGGCAAGACUCUGGUCGUUGGGGCUGGAUAUAUUGGUUUGGAAUGCGCCGGUUUCCUCAACUCUCUGGGCUACUCGGCUACCGUGCUAGUGCGCUCUGUCCCUCUGCGCGGCUUCGACCAGCAGAUGUCGAGCAUGAUCACCAAUGAGAUGGAGGAGAAGGGCGUCAAGUUCCAGCAUAGAUGCAUCCCCCUCUCGGUGGAGAAACUGGCGUCCGGGCAGCUCAAGGCUCGCUGGUUGAACACGGAGACUCAGGAAGAGAGUGAAGACGUUUUCGACACUGUACUGUUGGCUACCGGACGGUAUGCGCUCACCCAACAACUGAAUCUUCCAGCGGCUGGCGUUACUACACUAUCAAAAAACGGCAAAAUCGUCGCGAACACGGAACAAACGAAUGUGCCCCACAUAUACGCGGUGGGAGACGUGUUGGAAGGACGGCCGGAGCUGACCCCGGUGGCCAUACACGCGGGUAGACUGCUGGCCAGGAGGAUGUUCGGCGGCAGCUCGCAGCAGAUGGACUACGAGAACGUGGCCACCACGGUGUUCACUCCGCUGGAGUACGGCUGCGUCGGCUUGAGCGAGGAAGUCGCUACUGACAGAUACGGCGCAGACAACCUGGAAGUGUACCACGCGUUCUACAAGCCCACCGAGUUCUUCAUCCCGCAGCGCAACAUCCGCAACUGCUACCUCAAGGCCGUGGCGCUGCGCGACGCGCCGCAGCGCAUCCUGGGGCUCCACUUCGUGGGCCCGGUCGCCGGGGAGGUCAUACAGGGCUUCGCGGCCGCUGUCAAAUGCGGCAUAACCAUGGAGCAGCUGUCCAACACGGUGGGCAUCCACCCCACUGUGGCGGAGGAGUUCACGCGCCUCAACAUCACCAAGCGCUCCGGCAAGGACCCCAACCCAGCCUCUUGCUGCAGCUAAACACCUCGCAGCAUAGCAUCAUCAUCGUCAACCGGUAGACGUCCACUGCUGGACAUAUUACGUCUCUUGUAGGGAUUUCCACGGAUUCUGCAGAUCCCUAGACGUCGUCUGCCCACCAAGUGGGGGUCUUCAAACUGUUUUCAAGUGCGAGUUCACCUUGGGACCCCAACGUCUAUCGGUUUUUUGAACUAAGUGCCCUGCCCAUACCCACCACAUAACUCAUGCUAAUAAACAAGCUAGAUAUGGGCAUUAUGGCUAGUUUUAAAUCAUUUUCAUUUGGAGAUAGUACUACCACUUUUAGUCGCAUCGGCUAAAAUACGUUUGCACCGACUAGCGCGACGUAAUACCUACUAAAACCGAAUGCACAUCAAUGAAAUAGACCUUAUUGCUUGGCGUUAAGAUUUUAAACACAAGAACAACAGACUUGUGCUAUCUCGCUCAUAACCCGCGCGUACAAAACAUGGCGCGCAGGCAACAACCAAUAAUAAGCCAGGGAUUGUGCGCUCUGUUAGAGUUGCGUUUAACGGGUGUGGGGUCAGGUAUGACCAGCCCGAUAUUGCACUAAAGCUAAUCGACGCCUCGACGACCCGAAGCAGAAAAUCGCUGCAUGGGGGAACCGCAUCCGAAGAUACUCGGCAAGAGUCGAACGAU